AUGAUAGCGAAUUACACAAUUGCUCUCGCGUUGUCUAUUGAACUUUUCACGACGUUACGAAUAAACCAGCGAGCGGCACGCGCAAGCACGACGGUGAAAAGACUCUACUAUUUCUUAUGCAUCAUUCUGCCGUACUGUGCAGUUCUGGCCGGAAUAGUCAUUUUGAAGGUGAAUGGUGAUCGAGUGUUUGAUAGUUCAUCUGGAACAGGUGCUUGCACUAUUGCUAGACAUGGAACAAAUAAAAUUGCAUUAUUCAUGGUGCUAACUCUACCGGAAAACUUGCCGAUUUAUCCGGCAGCUGUUCUCUCGGCUCUAGCAUUAAUUCCAGUUAGCAAACAAGUCUUUAAAACACGUCAAUUCACAUCGUCUAUCGACACGUAUGCGAAACAGCCAACACGUGUCACGGCACGAGUAACAAGAGGCGGUCCACCUCCGGUUUCUCAUUCAAAUCACAAAACGGUAAUUCCAAAAAACGUACUAAUACGAAUGGGGCUCUGGUGUGCUCUUUUGAUCAUCUCAGGGGUACCUUCAUGCACCAUCCUACUCACCCACUCUAUAGAAUAUUUGACAACACCAAACGAAGAUCCAGAUACCGCAAUGCGCUUAAUUCAUAUUCUUCCUAACGACGGGAGUUUUUUCGAGGAAAAUGAGAUUGAAUUAAAACUGCUUUUAUCAAUUAUAUUAUUCUUAAUUUGUUUUGGUACCGGAAAAUUCGCGUUUGAGCAAUACGAAGAAUUAUGGCAAAAAAUAAUCAAACUUAUUUUUCGGAAUCCAUUUACGAUUUUGAGAAAGUAUAGAAAAGGUUCAUCACGUGGCGGCGGGCAUACUAUUGAGAAUAAUGUUGCAACACGCAAACCGUUGAGAAAUAUCUCUUACCGAACUGCUACAUUUCGAACCUCGCUGAAUACUUCAUCACCAACGCCUGCUACGUAUGUUCGACUGCAGUCGAAUACUCCUCCAGAUCUUGGAUUUCCACAAACUGAUUACUUUUUAAAUAUACCGAAUUUGAAUGGUGACGAAUUUGAAGAAGACAUUCUUAGCAAAAAAUUCGAGCCGACAAUUGAAACGCCGUCGCACAUUUCAAUACCUGAUUCAGCUUUGACUAAAAAAUGUCAAUAUCUUUAA